AUGAGUUCCAACAGAUACGAUUACAAUGCCAAUAUUUACCCAAACUCAAGAAGCAGAGUAAAUACUGGCGAUGAUGGGGGCGAGGAGGAGCGUCGUCGCAUCGAUGACCUGCUUCUCAAAACGAACCGACUGAUGGAUGUCUCAAUUAACAUUUCAGAGGAAUUGGAGGGGCAGAAAGCCGAAAUUAACGAAAUGGGGCACAGUGCUACUAAAGUCCUCCAUGAAGCGCCUCACUGUGAUGGCCCAAACACCGGUGGGACGAUAUACGGUUUAUUUCAUUCUAUUUUUAAUGGGGUUCAUGAUUUUAUUUUACCUGCUAUUUCUGCGCUCAUAGUAAAAAGUAAAACUAAAUAG